CUCAAACUAGGCCAGUGUUUUUCUGUUAACGGUUGCUUCUAAUUUUCCAACUUUUUCGGUCAUCAAAUUCACAUACAAAAUUUAUAUCCCCACCUUCAAAUUUUCCCCUAAAAUCCCACAUACCCUCUUCUUAUUCUUCCAAAUUUCUCAACACAUAGUAUUUUUUUUUUUUUUUUUUAAAACCAAAUCUGAGCUACAAAACAAAAGCUCUGUGUCAACUUGUAUAGAAAACCAUAAAGCUCCAAUCUUUAGCUCAAAAUGAUCCCUAAAGUUUCAAUCUUGGGAAAAAUGAAGAAGCAAAAACCAAAUUCAGAAUCGAAUUUCAACAACCACUUUGAUCUUCUUUCUGAAGAAAUUGUCUUUUCAAUUCUUGAUUAUCUUAAUGACAACCCAAUUGACAAAAAAUCAUUUUCUCUUGUUUGCAAGUCUUUUUAUGCUAUUGAAUCUCACCAUAGGAAAACCUUGAAACCCCUUAGGUCAGAACACUUAACAAAGAUUCUUAGCAGAUACCCACAAGUUAACCAUCUUGAUCUUUCCCUUUGUCCUAGAAUAACAGACAGUUCACUUACACUUAUAGCUAGUUUUUGUAGGGAAAUGUUGAGGUCAAUUAAUCUUUCAAGGUCUAAGUUUUUUACCCAUGUGGGGUUGUCUAAUUUGGUGUUGAACUGUGGGAAUUUGGUUGAAAUUGAUUUGUCAAAUGCAACAGAGUUGAAGGAUGUGGGUGCUGCUGCAUUAGCUGAGGCAAAGAACUUGGAGAAGUUGUGGUUGGUGAGGUGUAAGUCUAUAACAGAUAUUGGACUUGGUUGUAUUGCUGUAGGCUGCAGGAAGCUGAGGUUGCUUAGCUUGAGAUGGUGUUUGGGUGUUGGUGAUUUAGGUGUGGGUUUAAUUGCUGUUAAGUGUAAGGAGAUUCGUUGUUUGGAUCUUUCUUACCUGCCGAUCACUAAUGAAUGCUUAUCGUCAAUCUCGAAACUGCAAUAUCUUGAAGAUUUGGUUCUAGAAGGUUGCUAUGGGAUUGAUGAUGACAGCCUUGCAUCCCUCAAGCAAGGCUGCAAGUCACUAAAGGCACUUGAUAUGUCAAGCUGUCAGAAUGUUAGUCACGUGGGUUUGUCAUCUCUCACUAGCAGUGCCGAAUGUCUGCAGCGACUUAUCUUAGCAUAUGGUUCUCCUGUAACAUCAGCUGUCGCGGAUAGCUUGCAGAAGCUUUCCAGGUUGCGGUCCGUCAAACUAGAUGGUUGCCAAGUUACAUGCUCUGGACUGCAAGCUAUUGGAAAUUGGUGUGUUUCACUAAGGGAACUGAGCUUAAGUAAAUGCUUGGGGGUGACGGAUGAAGGUCUCUGCUCCCUCGUAACAAAGCACAAAGACUUAAGGAAGCUUGACAUUACUUGUUGCCGCAAGAUAACUCACGUAUCCAUUUCCCAUAUAACAAAUUCCUGUGCCUCCCUUACUUCUCUCAGGAUGGAGUCUUGUACUCUAGUCCCGAGAGAAGCUUUUGUUCUAAUUGGACAGCGUUGCCAGUACCUUGAAGAGCUUGACCUUACGGACAACGAAGUUGACGAUGAAGGCUUGAAGUCCAUUUCCAAGUGUGCCCGUCUUUCCAGCCUAAAGCUGGGGAUCUGCCUGAAUAUAACUGAUCAGGGAGUUACUCACAUUGGCAUGUGCUGCUCAAAUCUUAAGGAGCUUGAUUUAUACAGAUCAGCUGGAAUAUCCGACUUGGGAAUGUUAGCAGUUGCUCGCGGUUGUGUUGGCCUUGAAAUGAUCAAUAUUGCCUAUUGCAAUCGUAUUACUGAUGGCUCGUUCGUAUCUUUAUCCAAGUGUUCAAAGUUGAAUACACUCGAAAGUAGAAGUUGUCCUUUUGUC